GGCGACUCCGGGCGCAGCUUCGCCGCGGUGGUUUCUAAAAAAAACUUCAAACUGGGUUCCUCCACAGUUGUAGCCGUAAUAGAUCCCAAGAGCCUCCCUGUAAUGCGCGUGUUCCUCGGUCGCACAGGAACCAUUCUAUGUGAAUUGAAAGGCGGGGGUCCACACUGGAGUGAUCCUCAGUGGGAAACAGAUGAUGCCAAAGACGGGCUGACGUUGUCGGAGGCCAAAGCUAAAACUUUUGUAGAUGAGCACGGCGCAUUCAUACAGUCCUCCAUCCUCUCUUUGAAAGACAGGAUCCGUGGUUUGAACUGUGUCUGUAGGCACAGCACUGGAGUCAUUAUUCAAACCCGGGUCAUGCAAGAUAGCAAGGAUCAGUGCCAGCAGCUGCUGUACCUCUCUCCCCUGGCUGGGGUGCUGCUGCUGGUGACUGUGACAGCCAGUGGGCUGUGGGCCUGGAGACGGAGGAAGCAGAGCCCUAUAGCACAGCCAAUUCUGUGACCUGCUCGCUCAUAUUCGCCACAACGGGCAAGGACGUCACACUCCGCUGCCAGUGUUCCAAGAACCGGAACUGUCACGAGGGGGUUAUCCGCUGGGUUCGAAUGGACUCGAAUGAAUCACUGCAAAUUAUCGAUAAUAAAUGUGAGCAAUCGCACUGCCGAUUCGCCAGCAAAACAUUAAAUGGCACUCAAGUUGUACUCCUGACGAUUGCUCAGGUUGAACCAGGGGAUUCUGGUCGAUAUUACUGCGUAGAGCACAACAAACGCGACAUCCAAUUUAACGACAACGGAACCCUUUUAAUGGUCGGAGAUGUCUGGACAGACAGCAGUGAAGUAGAUUUGCUGAAUGAAUGGACGGGUGAGGGUGGAAGCCCAGAGCUGGAUUGGAGUGAAGCUCAAACACCAAACACUAGUCAAGGGUUUAUAUCUGAAUGGAGGAAUGAGACUAAAGCAAGUGACUUCCUGGAUGUACGGCACACUGAGUUGCGCUGUGUAGUGACCAGACUCAGUGCCCCCUGGGUAAAUAUCUACUGGCGGUCGACCCGCGAAUCAUGGAACAAAACUGGCCAGACCUGGUCUUUGACAGACACCGAGAGAGGGUACAGGGUAGAGAGCCGGUUGCGAAAUGGACUAAAAGUGAUGUCUGGGUGGGAGCAUGAGUAUGACUACAAGUACUGGUCCCCAGAUUAUCUACCUAUGGGGAUGGAUUUGGAUAAGAUGGUGAAAAUGGAUGAAGAAUUGUGGUGUGAGGUCCAGGUUUGGGUGAAUGUCUCUGUUCAGAGCCCAAAGUUUUCAUUCCGUCAGCAAACCCAUACUGACUCUGAAUGGUGCAAUGGAGUCCUAUAUGGUGAAAUAGCCUUUUGUGUGCUCUGUGUGUGUCUCCUCACCCUGCUCAUCUGUCACUGUCUCCGCCACCAGCACAAAGGUUCAGAACCAUCAGCGACAGAAGUGUCACCAACACUGAACUCUUGCAGAGAUGUGUCCUCGGACACCACCUAUGCUCUGGUUAUCAAGAAACAACCCAAGACAGAGAUGAUAAAGACAGAGGAGCAGACAGAAGAACAGUCAGGAAGACAGACUGGUGUACAGCGAAGUGAGAUACAAAUGUGAAGACAGAGUACUGCAUGGGUGAAAGACAGAGAUUUGGAUACCUACAGAAAGACCCGCUGAUACUGCAAGACCUGCUUGUGGGGAAAAGGAAAGAGAGGCAAACAAAGACAGGCAGUCAAUUAGGUUUUUGAAAAUUCUGUGAAAUUUCUGUCUCUCAUUGUAAACUUGCAGGGUUUGUCAUUUCUACCCAACCUUCUCAUUUUGGGGAAACAUUAACAGAAAUAUUUGCCUCCGUAAGAACAGUGCUUCCUAAAUGUUUAUUACAUCACAUUUCGUUUGAAGAUCAUUUUUUCUGCAGCAAGACAAAAUUAAUGUGCUACUUGUCACAAUGUUUCAUAAUUUUUCUGUUGAUUGAUGAGAAAUGUGCAGACUGUGCUGGAUUUAUCUUAAGUGAACAGUUUGGGCAAUUACUUUGUUGCCUUAGCUCAUGUUUUAUAUGAUGAAUUAUUCAGUCAUUAAUUAUUAAAAAUGUUCAAUUUUUUUCUCAUCUCAAAAUAAAUUCCUGUGAUGCUAA